UUUCCACAUUGGCAGGACUGGGGCGUGGAUGCAGAGGGCCCUGAACGAAGGGGGUGGCCUUGCAGGGCCCCAAGCCCCAAGGCCAGUCCCUUGUUUCCCACCUGCUAACUCAGGGGUCAGACCUGGGCCUAGAGCUUGUUUUUGUCUGGAAUCGUGACCCCGGACGAAUGGCAGGGAGUGUGCCCCCUUCCCUGCAGCUCCAGAACCUCGCGGCCCUGGGGGACAGGAACCCUGAUCUUGUGGUAGAAGUAGCUCACCCUAAAAUAAUCCACGAAUUUGGGGCUCAGAUCCUACGCCAUGCCAAUCUCCUGGUGGGGUCCCCGUCUGCACUGGCUGACCAGGCCACAGAGCGGCAGCUUCUGGAGGCCUCACACCGCUGGAACCACGGGGUGUUCGUGGCCCGCGGCGCGCUAUGGGGCACUGAGGACAUCACCAGGUUGGACGCGGCCGGAGGACUUCAGAGCCUCCGUGUCACCAUGGCCACGCACCCCGAUGGCUUCCGGCUGGAGGGUCCCCUGGCCGAAGCGCACUGCGCCGGCCCUCGCACUGUGCUCUAUGAAGGCCCGGUCCGGGGGCUCUGCCCCUUUGCGCCCCGCAACUCCAACACCAUGGCGGCCGCCGCCCUGGCUGCCCCCAGCCUGGGCUUCGACCGCGUGAUCGGCGUGCUGGUGGCCGACCUCAGCCUCACGGACAUGCACGUGGUGGACGUGGAGCUGAGCGGCCCGCCGGGACCCACAGGCCAAAGCUUCGCGGUGCACACCCACCGGGAGAACCCGGCCCAGCCCGGCGCCGUCACGGGCUCUGCCACCGUCACCGCCUUUUGGCGCAGCCUCCUGGGCUGCAGCCAGCUCCUGUCCAGGUCGGGGAUCCAUCUCUGCUGAGAAGCCCCCCAAUUCCUCGAGCCCUCGGCUCAGGGACCACACCCCCGCCCUGCCCCCACCACCCCGCGGCUACUCUGGCCUGGGUUUCCCCAAUGUCCCUUCUAUCUCAGUAAAGCGCA